UAGGAAGUGCAGCGCACAGGCUUCCUGUACAAUUACAUGCUGCACUCCCUGAGAUGCCGCACACAAGCUGUGACGUGCUCUCAAAAUAAUGGCAACUUGCUUCCAAUAGACGGAGGGCGGGAUUUUACCUCAGUGCACACUGUGCACGGGAAGGUGGAGAGCAGGGCACGGAGGAGAAGGCUUCUUCGGUCAUGGAUUUGUAGACUCUUCCCAGGCUCCUCUGUGCGGAGAGGAGGGGGCGCAGCUGGCUGAGGACACCCUAUUGCGUUUCUAAGUACAAAGUGGUAAAGAUGUUGACUGCUUAAGACAAGCAUGGCUACCACUGGUAAAAUCUGUCAUCAUGCCAUGAGGAGUGGCAAUUCAGCUCCUGGAGAACUGGCUCUGGAACCUCUGAUUAUGUGCAAGCUGUGCCUCUGUGAACAUCCUCUUGAUAUGAUGACCACCCUGCGAGAAUGCAGCUGUAUCUUCUGCACAAUGUGCCUCCGGCAGUAUGUAAAGUUGGCAGUUCGUGAAGGAUUUGGUUCUCCUAUCACUUGUCCAGACAUGGUGUGCUCAAACCGGGGGUUCCUUCAGGAAGCAGAGAUUGCUUGCUUAGUACCCGUUGAACAGCUUCAUUUGUAUCAGCGGUUAAAACUUGAACGAGAAGUUCACCUUGACCCUUGCCGAACGUGGUGCCCUACUGCAGACUGCCAAACGGUAUGCCAGGUUGAGUUGGGUGAUUCUGGUUUGCCUGUAUCAGUCGACUGCCACGUUUGCCAUAUAACAUUUUGUUCUGCAUGCAAAAGGACCUGGCACCUUGAGCACGUGUGUCAAGAAAAGCAGCAAGUAGCUGUACAGCCUGAAAAAGGAGUCCUUGUUAGUACAGAUGUAGAUGCUUGUAUCAAGCAGUGUCCUGUUUGUCGUAUUUAUAUAGAGAGGAAUGAAGGCUGCGCACAAAUGAUGUGCAAAAACUGCAAACACACAUUCUGUUGGUACUGCUUACAAAACCUUGACAAUGAUAUUUUUCUACGGCACUAUGACAAAGGUCCCUGCAGGAACAAACUGGGACAUUCUAGAGCAUCAGUUAUGUGGAACCGGACACAGGUUGUGGGUAUCCUUGUUGGCCUCGGUAUCAUUGCAAUUGUGACAUCACCUUUACUACUUCUAGCGUCACCGUGCAUAAUCUGCUGUGUCUGCAAAUCCUGCAAAGGAAAGAAGAAAAAGCAUGCUCCGUCACCAACUACUUAAUCCGGACAGAACUGUUAGCUUUUUAUUCUUCAUGCACUUGUGAUAUGGAUGAGCAGCUUUGUAUAGGCUCAAGAAAUAUAAUCAACAAACUGUUAUUUUUCAGCAUUUUACUCAAUAUACUGUUUGUUUUUUAAGCAAUUUUAUAUAAUAUACAGUGUAUUGACAUUUUAUGCUAUAUUUCUCUUUAGUUCUGUAGUGUAUCUAUAUAAAUCUAUUUAUAUUUCAAAAAGGGUAAUGAAACUUAAGCGCUGUCACCAUUCCUGUUGUGUCAAUUUUAGUAAAUACUUGUAUUUCCCAUAAAACAAUUCUGGAAAAAAAAAAAUUGGGUUGGUUGUUCCUCUUGUAUUCCCCCUAGAAAUGUAUGAGUAAAUUGACAACUGGGCAUUGCCACUUCUUUGUGAAAGGGGUGUGUAGCUACAGCUCAUUGUAGAGUCCUAAGAAGCUUCAGAAUUGUUUCAUGGGGAAUAUAAUUAAUUACUAAAACAAAAACGUCAGGAGGAAUGACAGGUCCUCUAUAAGCACAGCACUGUUAAAUGGAUAUUUUUCUAUCAGUGCUAAAUUAUUUUUAACCAAUUUUUGGGUCUUAUUUUAAGCUUAAAAUAUGACUUGCUAUUGUUUAUUUUGUUAGUUCUUAUUUGCAAAAUGUGCAAUGGGUUCAGAGCAUUUUCACUGCAUAAGGGCUUGCUGACACAACCGUUGGUGUCCCGUUCCUGCAUUGCGGACCGCAUUUGCGGAUCCGCAAUACACGGGCACUGUUCCGUUGUCAUUCUGCAUCACGGAUGUGGACCCAUUUAUUUCAAUGGGUCUGCAAAUCCGGAGAUGUGGAACAGUGCGGAACGGAAGCACGGAACUGAACACUACGGAAGCACUGCAGAGUGCUUUUUGGGGUUCCAUGCUUCCGCACCGCAAAAAGAUAGAACAUGCUCUCUCUUUUUGCGGAACGGAGGGAUCGCAGACCCAUUCAAGUGAAUGGGUCUGCGAUCCCCAUGCACCUGCCCCACGGAAGGUGCCUGUGCAUUGCGGACCGCAAUUUGCUGUUCACAGCACGGGAUACCAAUGGUCGUGUGAACGAGCCCUAAGGCCUCCUGCACACGAGGCCGUGCUGCGGCCUGCAAAAUGCGGUCCAAAAGGUAAAACGGGCACCUUCCAUGGGGCAACUGCAGCGGAUCGAGGACCCAUUCACUUUAAUGUGUCCGCGAUCCAGCCGUUCCGCAAAAAGAUAGGGCAUGUUCUAUCUUUUUGCAGAACGGACGUGCGGGACAAACUCCAUAGUGCUCCCGUAGGGUUCCGU